AUGCGAGAGACACCUUCACCAUCACCAUUAGAUUCAAACAUUCCCUCUCCAACCUCAGAUUCAAAACCAUCAACAGCAUCUAGACGAAGUUACGAUACAUCCAUUAAACCUACCGUCAAAAGAUUACAAACAAAUCGAGCAUCUUCUGCAACAAAUAGUCCAAUAGGAUCACGAGAAUCUUCACCAGUCCGACCUCAACUUAGAAACACAUCUGCCGCCCGCUCAGGUACCCCUUCGAGAUCAAGGACGAAUAGUCAAGACAUCAGUCCUUCACGAUCAGCAAGUAGCCACCAUCCACCAUCCGCAGCUGCUAUACAACGAGUAUUAUCAGCUCAAAAGACUCCUACCUUGAAUCACCUUGCAUCCGAACCUUCGAUUAGAGCACCAAUACCUCAGAAGCCGCUAGUGACGAGUGAAGUCAGAGAUGGUCCACGUUGGCCUGUAUCCCCGAGAAUAAGGUCACCCCCUCCAAGACAAAGUAGCUUGUUAUCGCCACGAAAGACGGAUCAAGACCUUCCCGCGAUCAAUGUGCAAAGAACCUCUCCCGCCGCAGAGCCAAGAGCGGAAGGAAAAUUGGCUGCAGAUAGCGAAACAGAAGAAAAUUUGUUAACACCAGGGAUGAGAACGCCUGCGAGAGGUGUCAGUGGUGGUAGCUCUACGUUAGAAACCGUUCAGGAGAUCAGCCAACCCAAUACCCCAUCUUUCGAACUCGAUGGCGCAAUCGAUAGAACUUCUCAUGGAAUUCCAACCGUACCGACGGAGCAAGACCUAAUGGACGGCGCAUCGGUUGAGACGCUCAAAUCCCGGCCGACGUUGGUUACAAAUGAGAGUGGGAGCGAGAGUGGUGGUAAGGGGGAUAGCAAGAUGAAGACCACUCCUCCCACGACAAGUCGACCGGGACCACUCAAAACACUUAGUGGACCAGCAGCAGGGCGAGGCAAACCAUCGGGAGAGGGUUCUGCGAAAAACAUGACAGUUGAGACAGAGACCGUUAGCUCCAUUCCGCAGAUUACUCUUGCUACAGGGGCCGGGGGGUUAGGAGCCAGUGGAAGUUUACGAGCCAAGCAAAGUACGGAAACUAUACGACCUAGGAAGGAAAAGAAGAAAACUCGCAAGGCCCCAUCGGUGACUUCUGGAACGGGUGAGCAAACAAUUUCAAGAUCCAGAUUACAUCAUCAUCUUUCUACACGAUCAAUUUCAAGUGCAUAUUCCGCUCGGUCUCCAGACAUAGCGUGCGGACAAGGACCCUCGCCACGUAAAGGGAGUAUAGACUCAACGAGUCCCGAGCGGACGGUAUCAGAGAUGUCCUCUCGUAGACCCAGUUUGAAUUUAUAUAGUGCCGCUGUUUUGCUAACUAGACAACGUCCAGCUUCAUCCAAAGCAGAUAUCUUCGAAGCCAAAGUCGCGAGCGCGGUCGACGAAGCUAAUUCGUCCGACUCCGAAGAGACCUUCGUUUAUGAAUCAAAUCCACCAGAACAAGAGAGACCGCGUCGAUUUCACUCCCGAACGCCAAGUGCUACAUCCAUGGCCAGUCAAGUAGACGCAAGAAAUGGUUUGCGCUCCAUGAUGGAUAGCGGCGGUCAUAGUGUGGCAAUGAAGAAGAGUAUGAAAUUCGCAAACUCUUAUACCAGCGCAGGUCCAGAAAUGACAACAGAAGACGACGGAAAGGGCACAGCACGAAGUAAUCUAGCUAGAGGGACUGCACAUCAUCAUUUCAGUCGUUGGGGCAGAACUGGGGGCAACGGUCAUGCAUCUCUCUUCGAUAAUGAAUCGCCUUUUCCUAGUGCCGCAAAGUCAAAGUUUUCGGCAAACCCUAGCCGGCAAGGUUCGAGACCUACCAGCCCUCGAGUAGUGAACACAGCGAGAAUGUCUUUGGCAGGGAAUGGAAACGGCAAGAAGACAUCACCAAUCAGUUCGGGAUAUGAUCUUGAUGAUGCAGCGGACGAUGAAAGAACACCACUCAUUCCGUCCACAAUCCGUUCGGCUCGAUCAAGUCGCCUACGCCGUGGAGGUGCUCCAUCAUCAAGACACACAGAACACCAACGUCAGAACCGCUCAUUCUUCGCUCGAUUUGCCGGUUGCAUGUUCCUUUCUUUAUUAGUCCUCCUAGUUGUCUCAGGUGCUGUUGGAUUCAUGUUUGCGACAACUCAACCCCUAGCGAACGUGAAGGUGUUGGCCUUGAAAAACAUACUGGCCAGUGAGCAAGAUGUGAUUAUAGAUUUACAGGUUAUUGCCCAGAAUCCAAAUUUGGUAGCUGUUACUAUCGACUCCAUGGAUAUGGUUAUCUUUGCGAAAUCUAAAUAUGCUGGUACAGAUUCUGAAUGGUGGGCACAGCCUUCAGGGAGAUUCUCAUGGAGACGUGGAUCCAAACAAAGACGGGAUGACCCAAUUGAUGAUCCACCGAUGGAUGAUGAUCCAAACACCAAUCCGAACCUGGAAAUUGGACACAUUUACGAUUUCGAGAGUCCAUUGAUCUUUGAAGGGUCGCCAUUUCAACGCUUAUCAUCCGUAUCACUCGGUGAAAUGCGAAUACUAAAACCUGGCAACCAAACGGAGCCACGUGGAUCCGAGCGUUGGGGUCGAGUUCUUCAACAUGAGUUCGACCUCAUCGUCCGAGGAACCCUGAAAUAUACACUUCCGCUUAGCUCCAAAGCCAGGAGUGUAGGGGUGGAGGGUAGGGCAACAGUGAAACCAAAUGCCGCUGAUCAAGAUCCCGACAAUGUCCACAUAAUCGACCCGACUCAUCACUUAUUCGAUUAG